UACUAUGGCUACAAACCGGGGGGGGGGGGAACUUCCUGUAGCUGAAGGCGCUAUUAAAACAUCCCGGUCCAGUAAUUCUCGACUUCCAAAUUGAUUGGUGCGCGUGUGACCACUAUAAAUAUCUGCUCCACGUUCUCAUCUCAUCGGGACUGUCCACGUCCAGCGCGAGCAACCAUGAGCGGCUUGGACGAAGGCUGCAGCGAUCCGGCACACACGCACGACGAGCUGUCCGAGCCGCCUCUUCGAGGUUUGAAAUUGGCAUCGCACGGCGUGCUGGAGAAAGUGCAGCAGAGGGGCAGGUCAAAAUGUGCGAAAUGCGGAGGAUCAAGGAUGUUCUUCUGCUACACAUGCUGCUUAUUAGUGGAUGUCAGUCUGCAUGAAAUCCCCGUCGUCAAGGUCGGUAUAAAGCUUCCAGUGAAGAUAGACAUCAUCAAGCACCCCAAUGAGACCGAUGGCAAGAGCACUGCGGUUCAUGCCAAGAUCCUCGCACCCAGCGACGUCACCAUCUACACGUACCCCUGCAUUCCCGACUACGAUCAAGACGAGGUCUGCUCCGUCCUCCGCUUUGUUGAACAACUGCGUCUUACUAUGAACAGAUUUUCCACGACGGUUCUGCCUUCCACUACUGAACAGGUCGUGUUGGUGUUCCCUGGUCCAGGCGCUGUCACAGUGCAAGACAUGGUGCAGCGUUUGCAUGAGAAGACGGACAGCAGGUCAAGUGGCCCCCGCUUAAAGAGGCGGAAACUAGUGAACGUUCCAGCCGACGCGCACGCUACGGAAGAUCCGGGGUCAGGGGCCCCGGAUGAAACGAAGAGCUCCGAAUCAAGGGCGCAUCCCGUCCAGAGGGUGGUCUUCAUCGACAGCACGUGGAACCAGACCAACAAAAUCAGCACAGAUGAGCGACUACAAGACCUGCUCCAGGUUGAGCUGAGGACGAGGAAAACGUGCUUCUGGCGCUCUCAGAAGGGCAAACCAGACACUUACCUCGCGACGAUCGAAGCCAUCUAUUAUUUCCUCAAGGACUUCCACGAACAGUGCCUUGCUCAAGAGUACAGCGGAGAGUAUGAUAAUCUUCUCUUCUUCUACUCUUACCUGCACACAGUUGUCAACAAGUCAAAGGAGGCUGGAAAGAAGGAAGCCGAGAGGAGAGAAAAACAGCGACAGACUGAAGCAAGACUAUAAAUCCAAGUCAAGUUCCCAUUUUAAGUUUGAUUUUGUUUGGGAUGGAAACAUUUGUUGGAAUAAAAUGUUAAGGAUUUUCAAUGGCAAGGUGAAACUAAUUAAUCCAGUGUAAAAAAAAAAAAAAAAGAAAUCCCACUUGAUCCAGAGCUAGCAUGUUAGCAAGCAGUCACAUUGUAUGCAAAGCUCUACCGUUGUUCCAAAAAGUAUGAAAAUUUAAAACUGCAUCUUUUCCUCUUUAAAAGUGAAUAUACCAAAAGCAGAGAGGCAGGAUUAUACGUUUCCAUGAAAAAGGAUUAUUUCACUUUCAAAAGCAGCACAACAGGAGUCUCAAGUACAUUUAAAUAUAUUUAUUUACAAACCAG